GCUUUCCCCUGAGGCACUGAUUCUUUCUCCUUCCGGCAAGUUCGGACCGGAAGCGCAGUGUCGGGACUGCAGGCUUGUCGGCGCCUGGUCCUUUCCCUGUGGCAGCCGGGGCGUGGUCGCUGCGGGCCGGGCUCACGCGCGUCAGCGAUGGAGGGGCAGCGGGUGGAGGUGGACGGCGGGAUCAUGGAAGGGGGCGGCCAGAUCCUCAGGGUCUCCACCGCCCUGAGCUGCCUCCUGGGCCUUCCCUUGCGCGUGCAGAAGAUCCGUGCGGGCCGCAGCACACCGGGCCUCAGGCCUCAGCAUUUAUCUGGACUGGAAAUGGUUCGCGAUUUGUGUGAUGGGAACCUGGACGGGGCAGAAAUCGGCUCAACAGAGAUAACCUUCACACCGGAGAAGAUCAGAGGUGGAAUCCACACGGCAGAUACGAAGACGGCAGGGAGUGUGUGCCUCUUGAUGCAGGUUUCAAUGCCUUGUGUUCUGUUCGCUGCUUCUCCAUCGGAACUUCGUUUGAAAGGCGGAACUAAUGCUGAGAUGGCCCCACAGAUCGAUUACACCAUGAUGGUUUUCAAGCCAAUCGUUGAGAAAUUCGGUUUCAAGUUUAAUUGUGACGUUAAAAUGAGGGGCUAUUACCCAAAAGGGGGCGGUGAAGUCGUUGUCCGAAUGUCACCAGUUAAACAGUUGGACCCAAUAAAUCUGACUGAUCGUGGCUCUGUGGCCAAGAUUUAUGGGAGAGCUUUUGUUGCUGGAGUUUUGCCACUAAAAGUAGCAAAAGACAUGGCGGCGGCAGCCGUGCGCUGCAUCAGAAAGGAGAUCAGGGAUCUCUAUGUCAACAUCCAGCCUCUGCAGGAGCCCAGGGACCAAGCGUUUGGCAACGGGAGUGGAAUCAUCAUUGUUGCUGAGACAUCCACUGGCUGCUUGUUUGCUGGAUCAUCGCUUGGCAAACGAGGUGUGAAUGCAGACAAGGUUGGAAUUGAAGCUGCUGAAAUGCUAUUAGCAAAUCUUAGACAUGGUGGCACUGUGGACGAGUAUCUGCAAGACCAGCUGAUUAUUUUCAUGGCACUAGCCAAUGGAAUUUCCAGAAUAAAAACAGGACCAGUCACACUCCACACACAGACUGCUAUACAUUUUGCUGAACAACUAGCAAAGGCCAAAUUUACUGUGAAGAAAUCAGAAGAGGAAGAAGAUGCCUCUAAAGACACUUACAUCAUUGAGUGUGAAGGGAUCGGGAUGACAAACCCACAUCUCUAGGGUAUUUACUCCCUGUUGCACUAACUGAUUUAUACGUGCUGUAGCACAGAGCCUACGAAGGAAGAUACUGCAGGGCUUGGCUGACUUUGGGGAUGAAGUGCGUUCAGUUGCUGAGACUACUUCCUCGUGGUCAGCACAACUUAAAUGUCUUCUGAGAUGUAAACAGUAAAAGACAAAACCUGCUAAAUAUGAUAGUAAAUUUCAAUAUUAAAGUAUUAAAAUCAAAUGCUGUUUAUACCCCAAAUAUGUGCUGCGUCUUCUCUCUCUCUCUCUUUAGUGUAAUAAAUUAAGCAAGGGACACAGAUUUGAUCUGUAAUUUGUGUUACUAAUGACCUUCCCUGCAGUUUCACUUUCUGUAGUUUGAGCUACCUAGGGUCAACUUUGGUCCUGAAAUAUUAACUAGAAAACUCAACAUAAAUAACUCAUCAGUUCUGAAUGCAACUCCUUUCUGAGUAACAUGAUGAAAUCGUAUACCUUCUGCUCUGUCCCACCUGUGAUGUGGAUCAUCACUUUGUCCAGGAUAUCAAUAUUAUGUAUGCUGCAUACUUGCCCAUUACAGACUUAGUAGCUGCUUGCUUAUCAGAUCAAUAGUUGUAGUAUUACAGUGUUUGCCUUCAAAUGACACUGGACCUGAUGAGGGCUCCAGUGUGCAGGAACAGUUGAAUUGACCAUUCAGGUGUACCCCAAAGAGUGUUUCUGUCAAGUUCACGGCACAUCAUUGUAACCCUAGCAGGUUUGGCCACAUUCGUCCCAAACAUGUCUGUCUUGGCUGGGAGUAUUCCAGAAUAGUUGAGUUCCUUUAGAACAGAAGUGUGCCUGCAUCGCUCUCUGCUACUUCACACCUAGCCAGCAUGUAGGAUGUGGCUCAAGUGAACCCCGUCUGAUGUUUUAGUUCAGUGUGCUGUGUAUGUCAGUGCUGUGUGUAGUUCAUGAAAACGUGGAUGGACCUUACCUAGUGAUGAUAAGUCAAACAUUGUCCAAGUAAUUCAGAGAGACUGCUGAAAUACAUCCAGGAAGUUUGGAUUCUUAUGUGUGGACCAGUCUGCGGGAGCAGAAUAUGGUCAUUAUCCUUACCAAUGGUUUCUAUAGCCUGGGAUAGUAGAUGUAGUUUGCUUCAUAGAAGAAUAAUUAAUUACAUGUUCACAACAUAAGUAAGCCUUUUAAUCCCAGCACUCGGGAGGCAGAGGCAGGCGGAUCUCUGUGAGUU